UGCUUCGGACAACUGUAUAUGAAAUCCAAAGACGGUUUUAGCUGUCCGUGCUAGGUGGUUAGCUAGUAAGAUGUUUUUAUUCGGUGGAAACUUUAUUUUUUCGUGGGAUUUCGCUUGCGUGAGGGACAAACCAUGAAGUCCGGGUUCGUUCGGGGACGAGAAGAGGAGAAUAUUUGGCCCGAAACAACAUUUUUUCAGACUUCUCCGGGCGGCAAAGGAGCACUCGGGGUUAGCUAAACAAGCGUUAGCCGUUCUGCCUGGCUUCAGUUCCCGAGGUCUGUUAUAUAAAGCCAACAACCGCCAGAUCCACGGAGCUCGGUGCUCUGUAGCUAAAAUGUGAUCAAAGUGACUGAUUGAUUUGUCAUUUUUCCUAGUUUCUUCGCUUGAGUUUAGUUGGAAUCGUAACUGUAAAAUGUCACUACUGCCUAGUCGGUGGAAAAAGGGCUUCCUACUUGAUGAACCGGGAGGACUUAACUAAUGGAUCAACCAAAAUAAUCCGUUACACUAGUGUAACUCUUUCUGUGGAUGGAACAUUGUUGCCCAGCAAAAGAAACAAAAAAUGGCGAACUUCAAGAAACCCGUAGCUCCUUAGCGCUCAUUUCUUCUUUAGCUUUAAGAAUUCGUCGGCUUUUUUGGGUUGUCACGUAACAACAAAUGUUAUAAAAGGUUCUCAUUUGAUCGGAAAUGACUCUAACCUACUUCCACUGGCAGCUCUAGCCUAACACUGAUUAACAAACAUGGCAAUAAGAAAAUCUUAAUUCCCGACUGUGGAAAACUUUGUCUGCUUCUGUCAGACUAUCCGUGACAAAUAUAUACCGUUUUGGUCGUUCGGUGUAACGAAGAUCAUGGAGGCGGGAGUUGAAUCCCACCGCACCGAGCAGUUCCUCCACCCGCUCUCCAACCCGGGGGCUGCCGGGAUCUGCCCCGAGAUGCUGGAGGUAGCAGAGGAGGCUAACCGUGCGGGCGACUACGACCUGGCCGUGGAGAUCUACAGCUCCCAGCUGUCGGAUCUGCAGCAUCCGGAUCGGGGCUUGUACCUGAGAAAGGCCGACUCUCUGGCACGCGCUGGCCGGAUAUCCGAGGCGCUCGACUCCUACUGCAUAGCGGCCAACCUGAGCAAAAUUCACCCAGAGGAGCUUCCCCAUCUAGUGGACACUAUAGCCCGGACUCUGCGGGAGAAAGAGCUGGGUCUCCCCGCGACGUUCAACGCUAAAACCGGCGGCUCAGGUGGCGACGGAGCCCCAGAGGACGGAGACUGCGAGGAGGACGAGCCCCUGGAUCUGUUUUCGUGUCGCAUGUGCAAGUGUUUGCUCCACGAGCCCACCACCGUGGAGUGCGGACACACUUUCUGCAAACGCUGCUUGGAGGAGGAGGAGGACUCCACCACCACCACCAGAGGCUGUACACAGUGCAAGCAGGCGCUGAGCAAAGGCGACGGGCGGAGAAUCAACGUGGUCCUCAGCGGCUUGGUCCACAAACUUUUCGCAACGGAGAGCAGAGCCAGGAGAUUCUGGAUUGAGGGGGAGAUUUUGUGGAAAAAGCAGAACCAAGCGGAGGCAUUGGAGAAGUACAACGCAGCAGUGGAUCAAGGGCCCUCUUUAGGCCGGCUCUUGUGUGAACGGGCCGAGCUGCACAUGGAGAUGAGGAACUUCGCUCAGGCGGCGCAGGACGCCAACACGCUCUGCAGGUUGAAACCUCUGUGGACAAAGGCCCACGCCCUCAAGGCCGCUGCCCUGAGCAAAGCCGGCCGACACGAUGAGGCUUUCCAGGAGUACCUGCUGUGUGUGGCGCUGAGGCCCAGCUGGACCAAAAUGAAACUGGAAGCUCAAAAGGUCCUCAGCGAGCUCUUCUCCUCUGUGUUUGAGAACGAGGAGCUGACAACCCCAUUGCACCCUCUGCAGGGAGGCCUGGCCUCCAGGCUCAUCAAACCCCCGGCGUUGCUCAGGUCCCUCAGGCCGCUGACGCAGAGAGCUGGCUGCUCCUCACAGGAAACGGAGUUCAGCGUGUUCAAAAGCGCUCCGGCGGAUGACUUGUCCUCCAGAUCUUCUGCUCUGCCUCCUGGCAAAUCGGAUCCGGCUGCAGGAGAAGGCAGCUCCAGGAGUCUGCCUGACGUUUUAGCUGCCUUACCGGCUCCCCCUGGUGGCCUUAAGAGGAAACGCAGCACUGAAGACCCUUUAGCAAACUUUAACCUUCCCUCCAAACUUCCUAGACCUGAUGAACCGUGCACUAUUCAGGACGCUGCAGUAGCUGGAGGAAGGCUUGUUGCCACCGAACUGUUGGACAGCGGAGACAUGGAGUGCUCACUUUGCAUGAGAUUGUUCUAUGAACCUGUCACCACCCCCUGUGGACACACCUUCUGCCUCAAAUGUCUGGAGCGCUGCCUGGACCACAACUCUAACUGCCCCCUCUGCAAAGAAAAUCUAGCUGAGUAUCUUGCAGCCAGGGGUUAUAGUAAGACCUUUCUGAUGGAGGAAGUCCUGCAGCGUUACCUUGGAGACGAAUUGGUGGAGAGGAGAAAGAUCCACGAAGAGGAAAUGAAGGAGUUGUCCAAUUUGAAUCAGGAAGUGCCCAUCUUUGUGUGCACAAUGGCAUUCCCAACCAUCCCGUGUCCCCUGCACGUCUUUGAGCCGCGCUACCGCCUUAUGAUCCGCCGCUCCAUGGAGACGGGAACCAAACAGUUCGGCAUGUGCAUAGCCGACGAGCUGAAAGGCUUCGCCAAUCACGGCUGCAUGCUUCAGGUACGAGACGUGAAGUUCUUUCCCGAUGGGCGAUCUGUGGUGGACACCAUCGGCAUAUCGCGGUUCAAGGUUCUCAGCCACGGCCAGAGAGACGGCUACAACACCGCCAAGAUAGAGUACCUGGAAGACUCGAAGGUUUAUGGGGAGGAUCUGAGCGACCUGCUGAAGCUGCAUGACUCUGUGUAUGAGCAGGCCAGCAACUGGUUCACCUCACUGAAGGACAACAUGAAGAGUCAGAUCCUCAGCCACUUUGGACAUCUGCCCAGCAAAGACCCAGACCCACAGAUGAACCCGGUGUCUCUGCAGGCCAGCCCCAGCGGUCCCGCCUGGUGCUGGUGGCUGCUGGCCGUCCUGCCGCUGGAGAGCAGAGCCCAGCUCACCAUCCUAGCCAUGACGUCAUUCAAAGACCGCCUCAUCGCAAUCCGGCGGGUCCUCAUCUUCGUCACUCGCAAGAGGCCACGGUGAUCCGGCAUCUACCCUGGGCAGGGAGGGAGGGGAGGGGAGGGUGCUGCUGGGGCAUCUAUGCAUUUCAGAAAUGUAUGGUUUCCUUCUUUCCCUGUCGUACCCAUAGGCACUAACUGAUGCUGCUGUGUUGGCGUCGUUUCCCCUCCUGUGCUCCAGCGUCUCUCACAUGUUUUUGUGAUAUGUAGCCUUCUUUGGGACGUUUCUGUUGACGGCGCUCAGGCCUGAGGACAUUCCUGUCGCCUCCAAAGCCCAACCGCUUUCAGUCAACGCUCCUCGUCUUUGGUUUGGAGGCGAGUCAAAGCGAGGGCGCUUCACCUCAGAACACUUUAGGGUGGUUUUUACUGAAGGAAAUGGGCACUUUCUCACAAUAAACUAACUCAUUUAUGGAAAAUUACACAAGUGAAUGUACCGAUGCGGCUGUAGCAUGUGGAUUUACUCCCACCCCCCGCCCCCUUCCUGCCUUACUACAUUUACAGAAACAGUUUUGGAGCAUCCGAUCCGAUCCUGCACCAGCAACCGUCCCCCUCGCUCCCCCAGCUAGAAAAAUACCUCAGACUUUUCUGUGAGGAGGCACAGAGAGUCCCAGCCAUCACCGUGUCCCAGCAGAGGGGAUUUCUCCACUGUUGAAACCACGAGCGUCUGAGAGAAGAUCAAAGAAAGACGGUGCACAGUGUCACUUCUGUUGGAACAUGCAGACAGAAAUGCAUCUCUCUCCCUACUGCUGAUCUGGAACUCUGGAUUGUAGCAUAUCUUUAUAAGAAAACAGCUGUAGUGUUAGGAGUGUGUAUAUUUCUCUGUUUGUUUUUCUCUGCUUUACCAUAAUCUGUACCAGUAAACCUCCGUUUGACUCA